AUGAAAUAUCGCGAGAGUGCCAAGGAGCAUGAGGUCAUGGGUCGAGCUCACGUCAUGCUGGGCUGCAAAUCACGCGGCAGACGAAGAACCGCCAUCAUGAAUCUGGGCAGCUUCGGAAAACUCACAAUUGUCUACGCCUUUGCGGCGUUGCUCUUGAUCAUUGAGCUUGGUCUCACCGGCUAUGUCGUGGGCCAGACUCAUCGCAACUGGUGGGGUGAAUCGCCCUCGCAGUUCGCUUUCAUGCUCUUCACCACCGUUUGGUCCAUCCUCAUCCUUAUCUACAUUGCCAUCACGCCUGCUGUGGCUCCCUCGCUGUACAUCCCCGUCGCAGCCCUGGCCCUGCUCGCUCUCACGGCCCUCUUCUGGUUCGCCGGUAGCAUUGCCAUGGCUGUCCUCGUGGGCAUCCCCGACUGCAACGGCAACAACUUCUGCCAGAGCGCGCAGGCCGGUGUCGUCUUCGGCUUCUUCAACUGGAUUGUGUUCACGGGUCUGGCCAUCUGGGAGGGCAUGGGCUUCGCGCGCGGUCGUAGCACCUCGACCGCCAAGCCCACGCCGUACGCUGGUGCUUAA